UAUUCUUCCUCUUGCAAGUAUUUUUCAUCCUUUUCUCUUCAUCCCUCCCCUUCUCCUUCGCCCUCCAUCAACAUCUCCUCCAACUCCUCCUCCAUUGACGAUCCAUGUCAAGACGGUAAAGUUUAUGUCUAUGAUCUUCCACCUAUAUUUAACAAGAACUUGUUACUAGACUGUGAUAAUUUAAACCCUUGGACGUCCCUUUGCGAUGCGGUAAAGAACAAGGGACUUGGCCGGAGAGCCACUGAGCUGGGCUCCAUCUUACCAAAGGGUCUGGUCCCCGCGUGGCAUUGGACUGACCAGUUUAUUUUGGAAGUUAUUUUUCAUAACAGGGUUCUCAAGCACAAGUGUAGAACAUUGGAACCGGAAUCUGCUACAGCCUUUUACAUACCCUUUUAUGGUGGACUUGCGGUGGGUAAGUAUCUUUGGUUCAAUCACAGCGCCAAAGCCCGCGAUGAUGAUUGUGAGAGGCUAUUGAGCUUUGUCCAGGAUCAACCCUACUGGAAAAGAUGGAAUGGGCGAGAUCAUUUCAUCACGUUGGGACGCAUCACGUGGGAUUUUCGACGGCCUUCUUAUAAUGAUUGGGGUUCCAGCUUCUUCAACAUGCCAACCAUGCAGAAUAUUACUCGUCUCUUGAUCAAGAAAAACCCCUGGGACUACUGUGACAUAGGCGUUCCUUACCCUACUGGAUUCCACCCAAGAUCAGACUCUGAUAUGUUACAGUGGCAAAACUAUGUUCGUAGACAGAACCGCGAAAAACUCUUCUGUUUUGCCGGCGGGACACUGCGGUAAAUCAAGAACGAUUUCCGCUGAAUCUUACUUAGUCACUGUCAGAACGAGUCGGGCUCGUGCCAAGUUAUAGACUGCGCUGGGUCUCGUUGCGCCAGUGGUAAGGGUAACACAGCGGUUCUUAAGGCCUUUUUGGGCUCUGAUUUUUGCUUGCAACCAAGAGGUGAUAGCUAUACGAGGAGGUCUGUUUUUGACUGCAUGGUGGCCGGUUCGAUCCCGGUAUUUUUCCGGAAACGAACCGCUUAUGAUCAAUACGAGUGGUUCUUACCUAGUGAAACCGAGAGUUACUCUGUUUAUAUAGACCAUGAAAAGGUGAAAAUGGGUACUUCGAUUAAGGGUGUGCUUGAGAAGUAUAGCAGAGAAGCAGUGAGGAGAAUGAGGGAAAAGGUGAUUGAGUAUAUACCAAAGCUUGUUUAUGCAAAACCUGAAAUGGGCUUGGAGAGUACAGAAGAUGCAUUUGACGUUGCUCUUGAAAGGGUGUUGAGAAGAUCAAGGGGAAGCGGAAUUAAAAGAUGAUGUUAAUUUCAAUUUUUUGAUUCGUUUUCUUGUACUGUUAUAUUGCUGGAUCAACAUAUAUUCAAAAGCGAGUAGGAAAACUUUGUUACUAGGAGUCAAGAGAACCUGUUCUCUUCUAGCUUUAACAGGCUGUGCAUCUGUUUUGGCUGGGAUCUGGAAAUAUAUAUUUGCGAACGACAAAACAGAGUACUUUCCGUUCUGUUUUUCUGAAGUUGGGGAUAAGGGAGUGGAGUUUGGGCUACGUUCUUCUGCUCUUGAAUGCUUUCUUUGGGUCAACGUGCUGUACUUAUCAUCCUUGUUGGCCACAAUUUGUAAAGAUUCGUUAUAGCCCAACCUCACUCGCGAAUAGAAGGUGCAACCCAGCUGCCACGAUUUGUCCAGGCUUGCCUUCAUUUAUCUCACCUGGGUGGCAUCAGGGCCUAAUCUUGAGACAAAACAGCCCAUCUUGAGAUGAGAACAACGUGCGUAAAUGAUGUCAAACUCAAAUGCUGACUUCACAUCAAUGCACCUGUACGAAAAGACAAAAUAGUUGUCUUUUGAAAGUUCACCUUUGAUCAGGCCGGCCCUUUUUUAUUUU